CAAUUAACUUAAGCAGGAAACACACAAGAGGAAGUGCGUGUCCCGGCGAAUGGCCGGAUAAUCCCAUUAAUUUACUGAUGACAGAAGAUGGCUCCACAGACAGUUCGAUCAUUAUCACUUGUGAUCUGUAGAGUUUGCUUAUAUUGAUUGCCUUUGCGAUUGUGAGGAUAUAAGCCACUGCACGAGCAGCACGACUCUCGUCUGUGGGACCAUUAGGGUGCAUCACUAUCAGAUGAUGUAGGACGUUUACUACAACUCAUCGCAUCGGGUGCAAAUUACUAGUAACCCCGGUAGAUCCACCAGCUAUACUGGACUGCUGGAAAGCUGACAAUACUCAUUAUGCGCACUUGCUCGUUAUGAUUAGAAAGGAAUUUCCUUCGUACACGUUUCCCGCUUUGCCGACGACCGACUAUAUACAUGUGAACCUUGUAAUAUACAAGGAAGAGGCCGAUGGCAGGAAAAGUGCACGGUGUGUCGAACUUCUGUUGUUGAUUUGGGUUGAUUAUUGAUUCACUGUUUUUUUUUAAUGGGAAAGCAAACCUUUGUGUUUCACCGGAACAAACAUCGAGUGUACACCUCGGCGAGUUACUACAAAGCCAAGGUAUACUUAACUGUCCAUAUAGGUGAAGCCGCUGUAACGCAUUUGUAUGAUAUUGUUUUCAGGUUUUUUUUUAAAUCAUCUAUCUCCUGGUCUGUCAAAAACAGUCAAGAAAUAUACUAUACUGUGAGAGUCUAGAAGUUGAAAAGUAAACACUCAAUGUUUACUAGCUUUCGAAGUUAACCUUCACCAUAAUAAGAACACGUUGGUUUGUGCAAGGAUACACCAUUAUUUGACUGUUUGUAAGAACUCUGGCAAAUUACAUGGACCUUCCGGAAAACUUUCCUCCAAGGAACCUUACAAACAUGGUAUCGGUGGAUCUCAGUGGCUCUUGGAAGUUGGUGAGCAGUGAGAACUUGGACAAGUUCUUGAAGGAGUGUGGCGUCGGGAUGGUCCACCGGACGAUGGCAUCUAAAGUGUGCCCCACGGUGGUCAUCAAACAGGAUGACAAGGACAACUUCGAGAUCGCCACCAAGACCACCCUGAACAAGCAGGAGAUGUGCUUCAAGGUCGACGAGGUCUUCAAGGGGAACAUUCCGUGGGAGAAAUCGGACAGGGAGAUGAAGGCAUCUUGGGAAGAUGAGAAGCUCGUCAUCAGGAUGGUGGAUGACACAGAUGGUAGCGGACCUGUGUUUGCCCGGUACCUCGACGGGGAACAGCUCGUGUUGGCUCAGAGCAAGAAAGGAGUGGAAGCCAAGCGGUAUUUUCAGAGGAUAUUACAAACUAAAGAGAAGGAGUAAAAGAACAUCAUUUUUGGAACAUCUCGUACUAGCUUAGAGCAAAUUAGGUGGAAUCCAAGAGGUAUUUUCAAAGGAUACUACAAACUAAAGAUAAUGACUAAAAGAACAUCGUUUGGGGAACAUCUCGUACCAGCUUAGGGCAAGAAAGGAGUGGAAUCUAAGUGGUAUUUUCGGAGGAAAGGAGUGGAAUCCAAGGGGUAUUUUCGGAGGAUAUUACAAACUAAAGAGAAGGACUAAAAGAACAUCAUAUUGGGAACAUCUCGUGUUGGCUCUGAGCAAGAAAGGUGUGAACUCCAAGCGAUAUUUUCAAAGGAUAUCACAAACUAAAGAGAGUGACUGGAAAUUACACCCGUCUUUUUUAAAAUUCUAUGCGAUAUCAUGAUUAUACACAAAGGCUGAUUUUUUUCUUUAAUCGCUGAAAGUAUUUUAUAUUGCAAUAAUAUGUGCUUUUUUAUGCAAAUUGAAUUUGCAAUCUUAUAUGUAUAUCAAAGCUAUGCAUCUGUAUAUAUUGCACUAUGAUCAUUUUAAUAUCAUUUGCCAAGAUUGUUUACGCCGCCACUGUAGUAUGCAAUCAAAAGGACUAGGCUGAAGUACCCCUGUAUCUAAAAGAGCAAUCCAAAUUAAUAUAAAUAUAACAAAAAUUGAAAUAACAAUUCCCAUUUUUGCAAUAAGUAAUUGGUUGUUUAUUUCAGGAGAAAACCCCCCUCAAUGUUUUUCUUUCAAGGCUGUAAGAAUUAAUUUUGGUAAUUUGAAAUGUAAUAAUUGACCACGGCAGUACACCGUGUCUGAAUGUGUCAGUAUAAUAAUAUUGUGAUAAUUAAUAUUAUUAAUAUUACUACUGUUAUUAUUAUCACUGGUUUUAUUAUUGUUAUUUUUAAUGCUAUUAUUAUAUCGUGAUUGCCAUAUGGUCGAUAUUUAUUUCUUUACUUUUAUAAAUAUUCUUAUAUUGCAAUCAUUUGAAUCAUUUUACUGUUCGUUGAAAACAUCAUCCUUAUCAUCAUAAUUGAUCAAUUACGAUUAUCGUAGGUCUGUGUAAAAGUAAUUGAUAUACAUUACAUAUAUACGUAUAUAUGUACAAAGCCAUGAUCUUCCAUGAAUUAAAUUACAACGAUGUGAAGCAACAAACCAUUUGUAUUAAGACGAUAUUAAGGAAGUGCUGUGCAUAUUACAUAUUGCCAUAAUUUGCAAGUAUGAAGAACUCAUGUCUAUUGUUUGGAAGUACGUGUAUAUAUAUCUUUACGAUUCCAAGUGUAUACUCAAAUGGAAAUCGAAACUGUCAUUUCAUAGGCAGGUUCUUUGCUUUGUUUAUUUUAAUCAUAGAAAUUGAUAUAUUUGUAGAAUUAUCUUAAAGGUCAAGUCCAUAUCAGAUAAAUGUUGAUUCGAAUCAAUAGAGAAAAAUCAAACUAGCACAGCAUUGAAAAUCUCAUCAAAAUCAGUUGUAAAAUAAGAAAGUUAUGACAUUUCAAAGUUUCGCUAAUUUUUUUUACAAAACAGUUAUCUGCACAACUCAGUGAUUAUGCAAAUGAGAGAGUCAAUGAUGUCCCUAACUCACUAUUUUUUUUAUUGUUUGAAUUAUAGAAUAUUUUAAUUUUACCGAUGUGACAAUAAGGACCAGCUUGACUGAACCAUAAAAUGUUCAAACAAUGGUAAUUUCAAAUGUUCAGAGAGGAUUAAAACUUUAUUUCACAGGACAAUGAAGAGAAAAUUAGAACACUAUAGUAUUUCAUGUAUUUUCAUGUAUAAUAAAAUACAAAAGAAAUAGCGACCGGGCGUCGUCGUCACUAGUCACUUGACAACCACGGGAAGGCAGGAUGUGCAUAUGUUUUGUGAAAUUAAGCGAAAUUUCCAAAAUAUCAUAACUUAUUUUACAUCCGAUUUUGAUGAAAUUUUCAGUGUUAUGCUUGUUGGAGUCUCCUCUUUUUAUUCAAAUCACAUGUAUGUUUGGACGGACUUGUCCUUUAGAUGAGAUUGUGAUAUGCCCAUGUACUAAGAGGCUGCAAAUCGUUUGGCAAUGAUUUAACUUUCAAGUUGUUGCUUCUUUCAAUGAUAUAAGGUUAUUCUGACACUUUCAAUUAGUUUCUUUUUGAUUAUGUUAUUACAUCAUUCAUCUCUCAUGUGAUAUGUUUCACUCACGUGACAAUUUGGAUGUAUCCGGUCACGAUUCUAACUAGGAUCAGAAUCUCGAGUGCUAACCGUUACAUUAUGGAACCAAAUAUUUUUGAUUAAAUUUUAAAAUAUGAAAUAUAUUGCUCAUGAUUAUGUCUGAAGAGUACGAUUUAUCGCUCGCAAUGCUCUUAAGAUUAAUUAGUUUAACAAUGGAUGCAUUCAUGAAUGCCUAAGAAGCCUUAAAAUAAAAAAUAGAAGAUGCAUACACAUCCCUUAGGUAGUUGAUCAUUAGACAUGGCGGCUGUUUUAUAAUGCAAAUAAUUUGCAGCACGAAAACAUUCAUCAUACACAUAAACAGCGUUGUAUAAUUUUUUUUUUACUGUGUACUUGCAAAAUUUAUGUCCACGCAAAACGUGAUCAAACAGAAACUAAAUCUCGAACAUGGGAGGCACGAUCUGAACAAUAGUUUGUUUAUUCAUUCUGUUUACACAACAAUGAAACCCCCUUCAUUCGUAUUUGGUUACUCAUUAUACAAAUGAAAAAAAAACCUAACUAGGUCUACAUUCAGGUCCUACCUCCGUUUGAUGUUAUCAUUUCCCUAUUCUGAUCCUGCAAGUGUGCAAAGAAAGAUUUGAUCACAAUAUAUCGGUUUCUAUUAAUUAUCAUUUGGAGAUAAAACAUCUCACUAAUGGAAAUGUGUUAUAAAUAAAAAUAUGAUUAAA